UUCCAUGGACUAGAAGGGAUGGCAACGCGAGCAAGAUUUGUAGGCUUUCUCUCAAUAUUGUGUCUUUUGAAAACAAGUAAUGGUUCCGCAACUGGAAGGCGAGGAUAUGUAGACAAAUGUUCUGUGAAGCAGGGGUUCCUAUCAAAUUCAGAUGAGAGUGGAAGGAAGUUGGGUGUCACGUUCCGGAAUGACAAUUGCUCCUUAAACUGGAACCCUGUGGGGAAGCAUGCCAUCCAUGAGGUCAGCAAUGUCACCUUCAGCCAUUUGUCCUGUGACAACCAGGCAGCAGUGGUGGUCCACUGGAUGGCCAGUCCUCUUGGAAUUGAACAUGUGAAAGGCUUUCGGGUGUAUCUAGAAGACAAGAACCCAGAGGGAAAGCAGUGUCAACACAUGAUCCUGAAAGAGCCCCGUCAGCUGAAUUUCUCCUAUAAAAAUGUAAGAAUGAGUUCACAGCCAUUUGUUGGUCUUGCCUUUGAGGCAGACUACAUGGUGAGAAUUGUUCCUUUCCCCACAUUUAUGAAUGACAGCUGCUGUCCUCCUUCAUUCCUGCGCACUAACAGCUGUGAGGUGCUCCUCGGCCCAGACAACCUUGUAUGCAAACCAUUCUGGAAGCCGAAGAUGCUCAACAUCUCCCAAAUAGGCUCCAAUUUGCAUGUGGUGUUUGACCAUGCUCCUUCUACCUUUGGUUUUGCCAUCUACAACUUGUACUACAAGCUGAGGCAAGAGGGGCCUUUCCGACUGAAACGCUGCAAGCCGGAAUCCAACCUACCCAAGACAACAUGUAUACUGCAGGAUGUGACUCCAGGAACUUAUGCAAUAGAGCUGCGAGAUGACAAUAACACCACCCGGAGACAAACCCAGUACCAUGUCAGCCAAGUCCACUCUCCCUGGGCCGGUCCCAUUCGAGCCAUGGCCAUCACUGUCCCACUAGUCAUCAUGUCUGCUUUUGCCACUCUCUUCACUGUCAUGUGCCGAAAGAAGCAACAAGAGAACAUUUACUCUCAUCUGGAUGAGGAGAGCUCAGAGUCAUCCUUGCACACCACUGUCCUCAGCACGGAUCGGCCUUGGCCUCGGCCCAAAGUCUUCAUAUGCUACUCGAGCAAAGACUGCCCCAAACAUACGGCGGUCAUCCAGUGCUUUGCCUUCUUCCUACAGGACUUCUGUGGUUGUGAGGUGGUACUGGACCUUUGGGAACACCUGCAGAUCUGUAAAGAGGGUCAAAUGUCCUGGCUGAGCCGCCGAGUGGACGAGGCCCACUUCAUCAUCACCGUUGGCUCCAAAGGUCUUAAAUAUUUUGUGGAAAGGCGCCACAGGCGGGGAAAAGGACCUGCAAAGGAUCGAAACCGAGAUCGAGUCAAAGACCGCGCCGUUCCUAGCACCUCCGAGCUAAGUAGCCGGGACACCUUUGCGGUGGCUGUGGCCAUGAUUGCAGAGAAGGUGCGCGAGGCUCAUCAGACCGCAGCAGAGCUCUCGCGCUUCAUGGCCGUCUACUUUGACUACUCCCAUGAGAGUGACGUGCCCACGUGCUUGGCCCCGGUGCCUCGCUUCAAACUGAUGGACCAGCUGCCCCAGCUGUUUGCCAGGCUCCACUCACGCCAGCUAAGCCUCCCUGAGCGUGAGCCGCAGCCGCCCAACGUCAGCAAGCGAAACUACUUCCGCUCCAAAUCUGGCCGCUCGCUCUACGUAGCCAUCUGUAAUAUGCAUCAGCACAUUGCCCAGGAGCCUGAUUGGUUUGAGCAGCAGCUGGCUCCACCUCCAGCCCCACCCGUCCCAGGUCCCAAACGUGGAGCUGCUUGUGCCUCCGCCCCUGCGGAAGCCUCCAUGGAGACGUGUGACUCGGGCGUGGUCUUGAACGAGGUGGUGCUGAAGCGGCCGUCAGAAAGUGACUGUCCCGUACAGACCAGUGUCUUCCCACCGGCGUCUCUUAGCCUGGCUGCUGGCUCACUCCCUGGCCUCUCCUGCAACGCUGUGGACUGUCCAGUAGAUGGCGACGGCCCCUCUCCCUCGCAAGAGGGCUCGUCCAGCCCCGAAAUGCCACGGGACUCUGGGAUCUAUGACUCAUCUGUUCCGUCAUCAGAGCUGUCCAUCCCACUGAUGGAGGGGCUCUCCCCUGACCAGGCUGAUAACUCAUCACUGGCCGACAGUGUGUCCUCUUCCUCUGGUUUAGGAGAUGAGGAGAUAUCUGCGGUCAGCCCAGUGAACUGCACUCUGCCCACCAUUUGCAAAGUGGAGCUACAUCACAAUCUAGAGCCCAGUAAAGGACUGACUGCUGCUGCAACAUCUUAGCACUGCCUUUGGUAAUGUGCAGGGACACUUUAUCACUCCAGCCUGCCCACCCCAUCACUCUCACUGUGGAGCACAGCAGCCCCUCUCAGACACAGGGAUCUGUGGGGAAUUGAUCUGAACAAAUCAGGGGGCUGCUGACUUGUAUGGAUGGAGGCCCUGAUGGACUAAAUGGACCGAGUGCUGUAGAACCAGAUCAGGAAGGGCAGAGUGUUGUAGAACCAGAUCAGGAAGGGUCGAGCGCUGUAGAACCAGACCAGCAAUGUAUCUGCCGUAACCAUAGCAUCCCUCUCACCCAACCUCUCAGUGUCCCAUGCAUCAAGAGAUGGAACACAGUCACUACUUGGCAUCCAGCACAGCACUAGCAUCAACCCUGGAAAGACAAAAUGGACAGUGGUGAUCAUUUUGUCAUUUGGUUUUGACUGUUGGAACGAGUUCAUGUUUUUUUUUAUUUUUAUUUAUUGUGUUUGUCAUUUUUAUACUACAGUUAAGAGAACUAAAUGUCAUGAACGUUAAACAUGAAACGUCAAAGUGUUGUGUAGCACUUUUGAAGAGUAACAUUUAGAUGAUUGACAAUUCAGUGAAACCAUCCGUCUUCAUCCAUUUUACUUGGACUGUUUCAGUUGUAAAGGUUGAAUCAAACAGAAAACACUGACUUUUUCAAGAUUGCCAUUAACCAGUGAUUGAUCAGUGUGAUAUUUUGAAUUGACCUUCUUUGAUUUGCCAUGUUUUACUGUGUAAAAUAUUAUCUUUGGAGUUACAUAAGUUUACAUAUAUGCCAUUUUCAGCUCUAAGAAACAACAGCUAGACAACUAGUAGAACUUUUUCAUUUGUUAAGUUACUCUUGUGAACUUUGCUCCACUCAAGUAUCAUGAAGCUUAGAUUAGAGAUGAUUUCUAAAUUACUGUACUGUUUUAUAGUACUGUCAUGUAGGAAGUCUUGAAUAAAUUUUCUUCAGUGUUAUAUACAUCAAUACACAAAACAGUAGCCUUUGCACUGCAGAUGUUUGUCCUUCCUUAAUGGAAAAGAUGUGAUCAUAACAUCAGUCUAAUAGCUGCCUGGAAAUGUUACGACUUUUAUAGGCCAAGCUUCUGAUCUGAUGUCUGCUCUGCUGUGAAGUCCUUCAAUUCAACCUGGUUGGAAAAUGAAAGGCCUGCUUCUUCUUUUACCCAAGCAGACUUACAGUUUAAAAGAGAUUUAGUUGUCUGUUUUUAUUUUUAAAUUGACUCAAGACAAAAUGUUAUUGAAGUAGGCCUACUGAUGAACAGGCUGGGGCAGGUCUGUCUACCCUAUAAUCACUAGGAGCAGCGUUCCGCACUGCCGAAGCGAAUUACGCCGUUCUGCUUGAACACCACUGCUGACUUAACGCUGUCAAUGUGCCCCUCAGUGGCCAUCCUUUGUGGCAUUUAGAAAUGCUCGAAGUUGAACUCAGUUUUGAUGGGCGGUGUUUUAAGCGAUGACCGCGACCAGUGUUGACGGUGAGCUCUGAUGCGUAAAACCCUGUAACAACAGGAAAGAAUAUUAGACCAAGAAUUAGUGCAUUAAUGUCAAACUCUUCUAGUGAAAUAGAAUAUGUAAUGAUCUUAGAAGAAAGUGGUAUUCUGUCAUUCUUCCUGAGAGGAUUAAUAGCCUAAGCACCGGAGAAUGUCUGUCAGUGCCCUCCGCGGACUGUGCCUCUAGGAUCCUUAAUCGUCCAGAAUUGUUGCCAAUACUGCUGUCGUUUCUCCGCGUCGGUACGUGAAUUCAGACGAAUCAACCUGUUUGUAGUUGCUCAUUCAUAAAUUAGGCUACUCUUCACUAAAUAAAGUUUCAUGCAUACGGGUGUUGGAGGCAAUGAGGUUUCCGGGUGAGUAGCUUACACUUUCUAUCUGCUUGUAGUCUGACAAUCAUGUUUUAGUUAGCCUAUAAGUGCGUUCUUCAAUGUGCGUUUUGUUUUGGUAGUCGACUCGUCAUGUGCAGUAUGGUAAGAGUGUGUGUACGCUACAGCAGAACUAUCUGUGUGUGGGGCAAAACGAAUCUGAUUUGCAAGUGAAUCCGAGGUGCCCUGAUCCUGAAUUAUCACCAUUAUUUUGCUGGAACUGUGUGCUGCCAUGAAUAUUAUUCCGUGUGUUUCUUCAUGCACUGUAGAACAUUUGACAGUCAACUGCAAAAGUGUUAAGCACUAUCUUACUGCCAGCUGAGUGCAUAACUGCAGGAAUGAGUGAAACAAUCUAGGCCUACAAAGCCAGAAUCCACGUUCUGUCUAUCUCACACACAAAGCACACUAGUAUUCACAAUUCCAUGCCCAUUCAUAACCCUUGAGCGUAGCUGAGGUAGGCCUAUUCCUUAUCACCCAUAUUGACAGGUUUUCUCACACCCAUGGAUGUUGCACUUUAUUGUGAAAGCCAUAUGAGGGUAUUGGGUUCAUGGUGGAUGUUCAUAUGCAUGUGAGCAUUAAUGUAGUUGAUGUAACUUGUUUUGGCUGUAUACUGUUCAGUUUACUUGGAGAAUUAGUUUCACAUAAGUGUGUACACUAUCGUUUUCCAAUUGGGGUCAGAAAUGUCCUUGUUUCCAAAGAAAAGAAAGUGGAUCAUUUUUAGAUUACAGCAUUGUUGGAAGAACUCGCUUAUUAUUUCAAUUAUCUCUAACCUUGUUAUCAAUGGCUGUGUCUCCUGUUCAUAUGACUAUAUUUCCUAUUCAAUCUUUUUCAUGGAAAAAAGGAUCAAAUUUUUCUGUGACUGUGAAAUGGUAGUGUAUGUGAAUGCUUGCUCUGGAGCUCAAGGUUUGCCCACUGCGUGUAUUGGGGGGGUGCUUCUGCCACUUACACAAGGGCAACUCCAGAGCCAGAGCCAGGCAUAAUCCUAGACUUGAUCCCCUCUGAAUGCACAAGAGAGAAGCUUUUGAUUUGGUCUGGCCACGGCAGUGCCCUUCUGCUGAGUAGGGUCCAAUCUGUGCUGUCUCUUCCUUGCUGGGAUUAGUGGCCUUUCUCUACCUCCCUCCCACAACUCCCCCAGCCCAAAGUCUUGUUGCUUUUGUUUCUGUCUAGGUUGAUCCAGAUAGAUGUGCAGUGCAUGAUGGGGAAAUCAUCCAAAUCAGAUUGUAAAGGCUUUCAACAAUCAUAGGUCGAUAACCUUCACAGCAGGACGUUAUGGUUAUGGUUAUGGUUAUGGUUAUUGUUACAGACAUUGUUGUAGUAUUUUGUGGACACUUUUGGUUUGGUUUGGUUAUGCUAAACAUUGGAAAAUAUUUACCAAUAAAUGUUUCAACAUAAUACUUUCUCAUCAACUAUCAUAUGAUGAAUUAUUUCAUUUUACACGCUGUGUGAGUAUUACCUAAAAGCAAAAGGUUACCUUAAUUCCCUUUCCAGCAAAGUAAAAUGCAAUUUUAGAAUUGCUUAGGUGGAGGAAAAUGAAGGCUUGACUUUUAGUCACAUUGAUUCAACCCCAUUUCUU